AUGAUCUUCGAUACCGUGGUUAUGGGCAGAUUGAGCUCUGCCCUGACCGUCCACUCCUUCUGGGAACUUCUGUGCUGUCUCCUGACACUGUUGGUUGUCUACAUGAUUGGCUGGACUAUCUACACGCUGUUUUUUCAUCCUCUUAGCCGCUACCCUGGACCCAAACUGGCCGCUAUCACCCCCAUGGUUCAUCUUCUCUGGGAUAUUCAAGGCAAGCAGCAUUCUACCAUCAAAAUGCUUCAUGAUAAGUACGGCGAUGUAGUCCGCAUUGCCCCGAAUGCCCUCGCCUAUCGUGCUGCAUCUGCCUGGAAGGACAUCUAUGGUCACCGCAAGAAGGGUCAGAGGAUCUUCCUCAAGGACCCGGCCCUGUAUGCACCCACUCCCAACGGCGUCAAUGCUAUCAUCACAGCCAAUGAGGAUGACCACUCUCGCAUGCGCCGUUUGUUGACACACGCCUUUUCAAACAAGGCCCUGCGCGAGCAGGAGGAGAUCCUCCACACCUACGCUGAUAUGUUUAUUGAAAAGCUGCAGGGACUAAUUGGCAGUGCCGCGUCCCAAAAUAUUGAUAUUGCUCAGUGGUUUAACUUUACUACCUUUGACCUUAUUGGCGACCUCGCUUUUGGAGAACCCUUCGGAUGUCUGUCGAACAGCACAUACCACUGGUGGGUUCUCAUCAUUUUGGAUGCUGUCAAGGCAAGUGCCUACCUGAAAAUCUUUUGGUUCUAUCCUUUCCUCUUGCCCCUAGUGCAGGUGCUGGUCCCCAAGCAUCUUAUUGAGAAGCGUGAAUCUAGCUUCAAGCUCAGUGUCGAGAAGGUCCGUCGUCGUCUUGCCUUGGGAACCACUCGCCCCGACUUCACAUCUUACAUCCUCAAGCAUGCUAAGGAUGGAAAGGGGAUGUCUCCAUCCGAAAUGGACGCAAACUCGGCGGUGUUUGUCUUGGCCGGUAGUGAGACCACAGCUGCCCUGCUUUCUGGAUGCACCUAUUAUCUCCUGUGCAACCGUGAUAAGUACACUCGUCUUGUCCUAGAGAUCCGUGGUGCCUUCAAAAAGGCUUCCGAUAUCAGGCUUUCGGCCCUUGUUGACCUUCCUUACCUGAACGCCGUCCUGACCGAGUCCAUGCGCAUCUACCCACCAAUCCCCUCGAUGCUGCCUCGUAUUGUCCCCCAAGGCGGAGCUAUGAUCAAUGACCGCUAUGUGCCUGGCAAUGUCUCUGUCUCUGUCUCCUUGUACUCUGCUUUCCACGCCGCGUCCCACUUCAAGAAUCCCGAGACCUUCGCCCCCGAGCGUUGGAUGAACGAGCCCGAGUACGAUUCCGAUAUGAAGGAGGCUUUCCAGCCCUACUCCUACGGUCCUCGCAACUGCCUCGGUCAACAUCUUGCAAACGCCGAGAUGCGCCUCAUCCUCGCCAAGUUCUUGUGGCACUUCGACCUUGAGCUCCUCCCCCAGUCCAUGAACUGGAAGGACCAGAAGACUUUCUCCCUCUGGAAGCGUCCCGAACUUAUGAUCAAGCUGUUCCGCGCUGGCACCAACUCCGAGAUGUAA